UGGGCAGUUCUAGCAAAAACCUCAGUGUGAAGUACUAGCCAACAAGGCAGCUGGAAAAUCCCCAGAUUUGACUAUUGUGUGCUGAAAUCCCAACCCCCUUCUGCUUCCAUGACCUGCAUAUAAAUUCAGAUACCCUCGAGAAGUCGUCAGGUUUGGAAAAGCACUACCUGCUCCUAGAAUCUUGGAUUUGAACCUCAUCCUGGACAGUGAAUGACAGGGAAGGAGUAGCUCUAUUCUAGCCAGUUAAACGCUAAAUAGAAUUUUUUAAAGCAGUGGAGUCAGUUCCUUGGAUUGGAUUCAAGGUUUUUGCUUUGGGGAGGAAUUGAGUCCGCAGUAGGAAGGGGCAGAGACAUUCAACUGAAGCCUGGCCUUUGUGUGCCCCAAGAACUAAGAUGAAGAUUGACUGACUCACACUCAAGUUCUCACACAUACUUGGUUUCUCACACCAUGAGGUAAGUGUUGUUCUGACCACUCUGUAGAGGAGGAAACCAGCCCACCGAGGCUUGCCCGGAAGGCGGCUCAGGCCAGUCUCCACUGACACCUGUGUUCUAUCCGUUCUGCUGCGGUGGGCCAGAGUCAAGGAGACAGAUACCACAUCUGCUUCAGCCAGCCAUCUCCCGUGAGGAGCCGACAGCCCGUGCCGGGACCCACCAGCAGUCCUUGGCCCCCGGCAGAAUGUCCAAGCCGGAUUUGAGUCAUUCUGUGCCUCCCUCCUCCUCACGGCCUAGUGUCACAGCAAAACUCAUCAAUGGAGGUGUGGCAGGGCUUGUUGGGGUGACCUGUGUGUUCCCCAUCGACUUGGCCAAGACUCGACUGCAGAACCAGCAUGGAAAAGACAUCUACAAAGGAAUGAUAGACUGCCUGAUGAAAACUGCUAGGGCAGAAGGCUUCUUGGGCAUGUACCGAGGAGCUGCAGUGAACUUAACCUUGGUCACUCCAGAGAAGGCCAUCAAGCUGGCAGCCAAUGACUUCUUCCGGCAGCUGCUAAUGGAGGAUGGGAUGCAGCGGAAUCUGAAGAUGGAGAUGCUAGCUGGAUGUGGAGCUGGAAUAUGCCAGGUGGUGGUUACCUGUCCCAUGGAAAUGCUCAAGAUUCAGCUGCAGGAUGCUGGGCGCUUGGCAGUUCAUCAUCAGGGCUUGGCCUCAGCACCUUCCUCCUCCAGGUCCUACACUACGGGUUCAGCUUCCGCCCACAAGCGCCCGUCUGCCAGCCUUAUCUCCCGGGAGCUACUCCGCACCCAGGGCCUGGCCGGUCUCUACAAGGGCCUGGGCGCCACUCUCCUCAGAGACAUCCCCUUCUCCAUCAUCUACUUCCCACUGUUUGCCAACCUUAACAACCUCGGGGUCACCGAGAGCACGGGGAAGGCUUCCUUCGCUCAUUCCUUCAUGUCAGGCUGUGCUGCGGGUUCCGUAGCCGCUGUCGCAGUAACACCUCUGGAUGUUUUGAAAACUCGAAUCCAAACCCUCAAAAAAGGCCUGGGUGAGGACAGCUACAGUGGGAUCACCGACUGUGCCAGGAAACUCUGGAUUCAGGAGGGACCGUCUGCCCUCAUGAAGGGAGCAGGCUGCCGGGCCCUUGUCAUAGCCCCUCUCUUUGGGAUUGCCCAAGGGGUCUAUUUCAUUGGUAUUGGGGAGCGGAUCUUAAAGUGUUUCAAGUAGAGAUAGCUGGAGCCCAAGUCCCCUGCCAUCUCUCUAGCCCAUUCGACUUUAGACUAGAGGGGGACGAGCAAGGUGGCCCAUCCAGGUUGUAUUUUGUUCUCUAACUUGUAGUGCUACCUCAAUCUCAGAAGAAACUCUUACUCUAAUAAGCAAGUUAGGUAUGGUCCCAUUCUCCCUUCCUAUCUUCGUUCAUUCUCUUUGGGGCUACAGCUACCGGGGAGCUUCAGAAGCCCCUAACCACCUCCUUUUCAACAGAAACAGUACAUGCUUGGGUUGGAUUAACUGCAGGCCCUUAACACAAAGUAAAGAUAGAAGGGUCAUUUCUGCAUCUUCCUUUUCUACUUCACACUCAAACUCUGUAUACUUGAGUCAGUUUAAGGAUUUAGUUUUGUUAAUUCUGAAUUAAAUAACCUAUGGUUAGUUCUAGCACUGAUUUUGGGAAAAAGGAGGAUCAGAAGUUCAAGGAGACAAUGAAAGCCCUCUAAGUCCGCACUGUGUUGGAAACCAAGCAGAUCUUUUCGAAUGAGAUGGCUGUGGGAUUAGGCUAACCAAGCAGCCAGGGCCGGGGCCAAGUCAGGGCAGCUGUCUCCUCCCCUCCCCCCCACAGGUCCUCCCUGCGAGGCACAGCUUUCCCAGAACACUGUCCACAGAACAUGGUUUUAAAUAAAAUGGAUUCAGAUCUCGUCUUGUCAUUAGUGGGAGAAGCAGACGGGCCACAGAGAAUGGUUUGCCCUCUACUGUCCCUGUCCCUUUCAGAACCGAGCUACGUCCGAAUGAGCCCUGCAGCAGUCCCAUCACGGGACAGAUGACUGCUGCGGAGGCUGCGGGACAGCCGCAGGGGUGCCUUCUCUUUCAGCUACACCAGAUUUCCAGCCUUGGUUCCAUCCCUGCAUAACUGCAUCGCCUUGCCAGACAGGUUUGCCGUGACAGUCCCCACGUGCGUCAAGUCCUUCCCCAGAGGCCUGCUGCGGAGAGAUGCCAGCAACACGGGGGCUCAGGUCCUCAGUAAACAGUGGCUGUGCCAGGGGUUGGCACUUAGUUAGUCCCCGCCUUGUCCCAAAUGUCACAUUUAUGAAAAAUGGUCAGGCUCAGUAGUCACACUGACCAUGUGCGAGUGCAGACCGCAGAGACAAACCCGAGUUAGACUCCCACCUUUGCCCCGCUGCAAGGCCUAGGGCGGGAAGCUAGAGGAGGAGAGGAAGAAAAGGACCUUUGUGAAAGGGUUUAGGCCUGAUACACAGUAACCCUUCUCCCCAAGUAAGCCCUCAGAUGCCUUCCUAACUCUGCCGAGGCUAGUAAAACUGCUUCCUUGAUAAAGCGGUCAAACCCUCUGGAGGACAGGUAAUACCACCCGUGUGUGUGGUCUGCGUGAAAGCUAGUAAGGGGCUGGCAGACAUGAGCAGGGAGUGCCAGAGGACACACAGAAAGCUGAUGGUUUCAUGUAGUGACCGCUGUCAACCAGCGACUGUAGGGACUAGGGAAACGCUGCUUGGCUAGCUACCUCAGGAAGAACUUUCCCUCGCAAACCACAAACUUGUAGCACCUUGCAUAAUACAUCACAAUGAAAUCCAUGUAAACCUUUUGUUUUAAUAAAUAAGACCGAUUCAUGGCUUAGAUUCUAAAUCACAUUUACAGAUGAGGAACGCUUCUAGGCCCAAACAGGUGAACAGUGAAGCUACUAGUGCUGGCAGGAAUGCAUGCGCCCCAUGCAUCUGAAGCCUAAAGAGCACAGACUGAAUGUCAGAGAACACCACACACAUCAACCUCUAGAAUCGAGAAUGACAGCAGAAGAUGAGAGGAAGAGCAGAGACUCGGGGAAGCGCUGGUAACCACCAUCUGAUACCCUCACUUUCAUGCUACAGAAGCAAAUAUAAGUUGUGCUACUUUCAGUAAGCUAAGGAGGUUUCCUGAUCAUAAUACGUGAAACUUUCUCUCCUGUUAACAAUUAGGCCAAGGGCAUUAGCUACA